AUGUAUUCUUCUCGAUCAUUGUCAAUGAAAGAAGAAGCAGACGAUGAUUCAUUUUCUUCUCAUAAAAGAUAUUAUUUUGGCCCGAGUCGUCUUUUAACAAAACGAAUUCAUAUUAAAUCGAAUGAUGGAACAUUGGAUUUUACAAUAACUGGUGGAAAUUAUCUUCAGCCAAUUCAAGUUGCGUCAGUUGUUUGGGCUUCACAAGCUUAUUUACAAGGAAUGAGACCAGGAGACCAAAUUAUUUCUGUUAAUGGAAUCGCAUUUCAACAAAACAUUGAUUAUACAAAAGCUCUACAAAUUUUAUAUUCUUCGAAUGAACUUGACAUAAUUAUUCGAACACUUCGUAUAAAUUCUCUUGAUGCAACAUUAUAUGAUUGGUAUGAUCCAAUUCAACAACGUGUAACGUCUCCACCACCGGGAAAUUAUCUUUCGAAUGAUGCUCAAUUACCUUAUUGUGAAAGAACAGUAACAAUUUCAGUCGAAAAAGGUAAACGUCUUGGCCUAACUAUUCGUGGUGGUGCUGAGUAUGGUCUUGGAAUAUUUAUAUCAGGUGUUGAUAAAGCUUCUCUUAGUGACCAAGCUGGUCUUUCUAUUGGUGAUCAAAUAUUAUCUGUUAAUGGAAUUGAUUUUCUUCAUAUAACACAUUCCGAUGCUGUUCAAUUGUUAAGAAAUAUUGAUAAAAUGUCAUUUCAUUUAAGACAAAUUAAUAAAUUACCAAAACCAAAAGAUGAAAUUAAAAGAAUAAAUAAUAAAUCAAUUCGAACAAGUCCUCGGGUAUUUCCUAAAAUAAUUAGUAAAAACAAAUCUCUAUCUGAUGUUUCAUCAUCAUCAUCAUCAUCGUUAAUUAAUUCAAAAACUAAUUUUUUUCAACAAAUUAUUGAUACAGAGGAUCAACUUAAAGUUAAACAUUUGCUUAGUCAAUAUUUACAAGAGAAAAUUCAUAUUGAUCAAUUAAUUAAACCUUUAUUACAAAUUCUAAUUAAACAAAAUCAACAGUAUCGAAAUGAAAUAAUUGAAUCAAUUAGAAGAUUUGUUCGUCGAAAUGAUCUUGACCGUUUUGAUAUUUAUAUUAUAAAAGAUGAUUUAACUACGUUAAAGUUGUCUCAUGAACGUCUUAUUCAAACUUCUUUAUCAUCAUCUCGAAUGCCAUUUCAUUCACCUAUCUAUAAUAUGUCGAAAUCUGUUGAAAACUUAUCAAUUGAAAAUGAUGAACGUUUAAUUCGUCCAAAAUCAUUGUUUUUGGAAGAGCAAAUAAAACAAUCAUUUGAUCAAUUUUCACCAAGAAUUCAAAGAAAAUUUUCAAUUGAAAAUAAAAAUGUUUCAAUGGGUAAUUUUUAUGAAAAUAAUAAUUUAUUACGAAAAACGAAAAGUCUGCAUAAUGUUAAUAAACAAGAAGAAUUUAUUUUAUUAAAUAAAUCUCGAACAAAUUUAACAAUUGAACAGCAAAAUAUAAUUGAAGAUUUUCUUAAAGAUUAUUCAUUACCAUAUCCAAUAACAAUUCAUAAAGUUCGUCCAACAUUAGGUGUAGCUAUUGAAGGUGGUUUUCAAGAUAGAAUUCCAUUACCAAGAAUUGUUUACAUGCAGCCUGAUGGAUGUGCAUAUGUAUCAAGUGGUCUUCGUGUUGGUCAUGUUAUUAUUGGUUUAAAUGGAUAUUCAAUGAAAGAAUUAUUACAUAAAGAAGCUGCUUUAUUUAUUGCUUCUUCAUUUAAAGAUAAAAAUACAUCAAGCAUGGAUUUAUUAGUUGUUGAGCCAUUAAUUAAAGAACAAUAA